UAGCGAGCCCCUAACUCAGGGAGAGGAGAGAGACGGCGUGGGCAUUGACGGUGCCGACACCUAAUAAAAGAAAGAAACGCCAAUGAAGGCGCCGUGAAGACAGUCGCCAGGGGAACAACCAGUCGCGGCGCUAUCGCCGGAUUUGCCGCCUUCGCAGCAGAACUAGAGAGAAGUAGAACAGGCGACACAGUCGACAGUACCAACCAAUAGCCAAUAGCCAAUAGCCAAGGAGCAAGGUGUAUUGGGGGGAGGAGAAUAGACAGUAGAGCGUAGUCUAAGCAAUCGAGCAAGCAGUGUAGGAUAGCUCAUAGCCAGUAGUCGGAAGUCGCUGGAAGCCAAUAGCCGCCGGGGAAGGCCAAAAAACAAGCGGGAAGAAUCGCCAUAGCUAUUUUUACCCUAUCUGUGUUGUCCGCCAUUGCCAUUUAGCAGUGAGCUAGAGUGGGCGGGGGGCACCGGGGCAUCGGGGCAGUCGAUUCCGGUGCGGCGGCGAUCAUAGUAGGGGGAGGGGGGAAGGAGGAGGAGGAGGAGGAGGAAGAAGAGGAGGAGGAGGGAAAUGGCGCUUCAGUGGAUCGCCGUUGCGAGCAUUACCGCGUUAGAGCUGCUCUUGCUUGUCGUGGUGUCUAUACCGCUGCCGAGGAAGCUCCGUCUGCGAGUGGCCAAGGUUGUGGAAGGACUCUGGAGGCCGAUCUUUGCAGUCAUCCCCUUCAUGGUCUUUCAACUAGCAGAAGUCGUCGUGAAGUUUGAGCGGAGGCUGAUUUGUAAAAAUGAUGUCUGCACGUCGUCAGACAGGGAUCGCUUCGAGAAAUCGAUGGCACGAGCGCAGAGGAAUGGCAUCCUGACAGUUGUCGGCCUCGUUUGCUACUGGUUGCUGUACCGAUUUAUUACCAUUCAGCAAUGUAUCUCACAGUUGGAGAACGAUAAGUCGAAGAGUGACAACGAGGUGACCGCCCUGAGGAAGGAGCUUGGAGGUCUGCAGGAUGAUUUGGAGAAGAAGAAGUCUGAGAUGAGAGAGAAGUUGAUGCUCAUUGAGAAGUUGGAACAGAAGGUCGAUCUUGCCGACGAAGAGAUUGCGAGGAAUGUCAAUCAUGCCAAUGAGCUGGAGCAGGAGCUUCGCCUGCGGAAGCAUUCUACUGGUGCCAUGCCUUGAUUGGAGGAAAAAUGGCCGGAAAAAAAAAAACAAAAAAAAACUGGACAGGUGAAGACCCUUUGGGGGUGAUGACAGAUUGGCUUUGAUCAAAGCAUCGCAGGGGAUGGAUACAUUUUCUCUUCGAAAGGUAGGCAGGGGUGUGACGAUGGACAUGGAAGAGUGAGUAGAGGAUGUUAAGCUGGCUGGCAGUGGGGGGUUGAUAUUGUUGCUGCAAUCCUGGGACGGUGGAAGUGCUGGCUUAUGUGAACGACAGCCUGUUGUUGUUGUUGUUGUUAUUGUUUUUUUUUUGUUUUGUUUUUUUUUUGGCCUCUUUUGGCUGAAAACUCGUGAAAAGCAGCUGUGGCAAGUACUAAACAUGUUUGUGUGUAGUUAUUGAGUCCUUCCUCUAUGCUUCUAGACAGCCACAACAGUCCUCUCCUUCCUGUGUUUCUCCUUAAACCAACUGUACCUUGCCCAGGCAAAGUCGAGAAUCGAAAUCGUGACAAUCCGGGUUCUGUGGAUGAACAGUGCUACCGGACCGAAACGGCUCGCGGCACCAUCCAGAAAAGAGAAAAAUUGCACCGCUGGCGGCUCUUUUGCUUUUGGCAUCUAGUGCAAAUCCUCGUCAGGAAAGUGAGGCUCAGAUGUACUGCUGGUUCGAACCACUCUGACUGAACGCUUGCAUGUGGAGGGGGAGGGGGAAAGGGAGGGAGGGGGGGGGUGCGGGAUAGGGUGGUUGGAGAGGGUAAGAGGGAAAGGGGAUAGGGCGGUGGUGUCUGGUUAGACCUCAAGCCCUGGUUGUAUAGCUGACCUUGUGCAGGGGGGAGGUUUUGCAUUUUGUUGGUGUCAACAAUUUCUUUACCCUAUCUGUUUUUUAAGAGAGAGCGUAGAGGUUGCCUCGAUCGGCGCCAGGCUCUCCGUGAGUGGACGCCUCGCACCGAGCUAUUUUAUAGGUAAAGGCAGAUAAGGAAUCCUCUAUAAGGUUUUGUUGUGUGCGUGGUGGGUAGAGAUGUUGUUGACGGUCGAGGAUUAAGGGAAAGUUGGAUUAAGGGAAAGUUUUGACUGACAGCUGAGUCGUGUGAUGAUGGAAUGGUGGGAUUAAUCUUUGCCACUGUGUUUGCUUGAGUUUUAAGGGGGUUUGCGGGAGGCACGACAGG